AUGUGUCCGGACGCCACAUUUACUGUGGCGCAGCGGGCCGCCGCUAUCGAGCAACAUAUCAAGAGCAAUAAGGGCAAAGAGACAACUGUUCCGGCUAAACAAGGCAGUGAAAAACUGCAGGAUGGGGCGACUGCGAAUGAAACGCCCUUGACGGGAGCAAAUGCGGCACCGGAGAAUAUAUCGUCAAAUGUCUCGUCGAUUGAUUCUGAAACUCCGACGCUACAGUCCUUGACCCCUGAUAUCGGGGCUAACCAACCUCUUCGUACGACUCCUACUACUGCUAUCACCACUCCUAUCCCUAGUGCAACCUCCUCCUCUACAUUGCCGGUUCUCAGUCUACAGUCCUCUCCGUCAAAGUCUACGCUGUCACGCUUAGUAGCUAUUGCGACUGUGAAACGCUGGCCAAGUCCGUCCUUUGAACCACCCGCCGCAAUUGAAGCCUCCAACUCGUACCCUGUGUCGUCCGCCCUUGCAUUUGCAAAUGCGCCGUCCCCUACAGACACAAAACCCAUAGCCGAUUCGACGCCAUAUUCGCUUUCUUUAUUACGGCCUAGGCCUGAACCUGAUCCCCCUGCGUUGUUUCCUGCACCGAGUCAACCCACAGGGCGCAACUCCACGCCAAAACUGCCCCAUAAACCAAACAUAGUGCUUCAGAAACCAAAAGCGAUGGUAGAUGACAGUAACAUCGAUGGCGGGGUUGCUAUGCCCCGCCUAGAAGAUCUUCUGCGUCACCCGGAAGAUUUAGAUAAGAUUCCGGCUCUGAAGGCCGAAUAUUCGAGAAAAAAGGCGGCGGUGGAUGCACAGCUUCGGGAAGGAUUGAGGGACCAACUUGAAGCCGUGCAACGGAGCAUAAGCCAGCUUACCGAGGAUAAACUAUGUGCAGAGUCUCAAGGAACUGUUGGGGAUUUCUCGCAAAUAGACAAGUUAGCUAGGAUACAGCGGAAUUUCGAAGCUACGAUAAUGAUGAAGAAGGGGCUGGAGAGCUUCCAUAACGAUCUUACCGAAGUCGAGCGGCUGUUGAGAGAGGAUGACCAGGACCUUGAAAAUCAACCGAAUUUGCUCAAUGCUCAUAUGACCAUUACCAGGCUGAGGGAUUUCAGAGACGAAGCCAUGGAUCAAAUUCGGAAAGCGCGGGAUAGCAGUAACGAGGCAACUUUGGUUGAAUGGUUUCAGAGGCUUGAUUCUGUGAUAGAGUGGUUCGAUGAUCACGUUGGAACUGCAAUUAUGAACCUUAUCCCAUUGGUACAGACAGACAACCGGAGUAUGGUAGUCCGGCUGGCUCUCAUUGUUAUGAACGAAGAGAAGAACGAUUCCAAGGUUCGGGCUUUGCAGGAAGCCCAAAAAGACCACAAGGCACUGGCGAGCCGGUUCAAGUCUAUGAACCUUGGCCCUAAGACCGUCAGGGGCUAUAAGGAGAACUUCCUCAAGAGUAUCGAGCUUUAUGCGCAGACUCAGUUUGAGAAGUCUAAGGAGACUUUCCUUGACGAUCCAGAGAAGCUAGAGAAGAGCUUUAAGUGGUUCUUCAAUGAUUUGUUUACUGUGAAACAGGGCAUGCAGUCUCUUAUGCCGAAGAAGUGGAAGAUAUACAAGGUCUACACAAAUAUCUAUCACCGAAUGAUGCAUGACUGGCUCAUCGAGUUCGUCGAUGACCCUGAGCUCCCCACGGCUAAUAUGCUUGCAAUCAUACAUUGGUCUGACAAGUACUAUAAGAAAAUGGCGAAGCUGGGUUGGAAACAAUCAGACCUUGUUCCCAACGUUCUGGAUGACCGUGAGGGUGAGCUUGUCCGGGAUUGGCGGAACCUCAUUAUCAAAACGUUGGAUGAGUGGAUGGAGCGGAUGUUUGCAACUGACAAGAAAUCAUUCCUUGAACGAGAUAUGGAUGCUUUGGAUACUAAUUCGGAAGGAUACUUCCGUACAAAGACACUUGGAGAUAUGUGGCGAAUGAUCCACGAGCAGCUCAUGGCCGCGAGCUAUUCUGAUCGAACAGAUGUCACGGAGGGGGUUAUAGACGCCAUGUUCCGCUCUCUGAAGACUCGACAAACCACCUGGCAAACCGUCCUUGACGAAGAAUGCGCACGCUACAAAAACCCCACUACAGAUCAGUCCGAGGGACUGCAGCAGCUUCAAGACUGGCUCAUCGCAGUUGCCAACGACCAAAUUGCCUGUAUCGACGACCAUGACGAAGCCUCGGGCCAACUGGGCUACCUCUCGCGCUUCAGCCGUGACUUCGAACCGCUUGUCACGCCCAAAUACCUCUCAUCCCGUGCCACUAUGGAGCUCGACAGCCUGCGUGAUGGCUAUGUUGAUCUCAGCACACAUUGCAUAAGCCUCUUCAUCGACCUAAUCUUCACAGUUGACUUCCGCACCACGCUACCGGACUUCUUCACGCAGAAAUGGUAUGGCGAGUUUGCUGUCAAGCGCAUGAUCUCUACCUUUGAAGACUACAUGUCCGACUAUAGCGCCGUGCUUCACUCAAGUCUCACGGAUAUUCUCAUUGAGGAGCUUUCCGACGAGCUGCUCGUGCGCUACUUGUCCGCUAUCCGCAACAAGGGCGCCAAGUUGCGCCGCCAAGACCCCUUCACGGAUAAGUUUAAAGACGACGUCUUGACCGUGUUCGGGUUUUUCCAGAAAUUCCCGGACGCGUUUGCUGCUACGAUUAAGGAUCGAUGGCGGGUGGUCGAUUGGCUUGUUAGGCUGCUGGAGGCGGAAAAGGCGGCGGGAGUCGUGGCUGUCUAUGAGGCUUUUAAAACCGAAUAUUGGGACUUGCAGCUGUCGUGGGUAGAGGCAGUAUUGAGGAGUCGAGAUGAUUUCGAGAGGUCGAUGGUCAGCGCUGUGAAGGCUAAAGCUGCGGAAUUAUACGUGGAACGUGGGGUGGAAACGAUUAUGGGCAAAGUACGAUGA